AUGCCGGCUGAGCUGCUGCUGCUGCUGAUUGUUGCCUUCGCCAGCCCCAGCUGCCAGGUGCUCUCAUCACUGCGCAUGGCUGCCAUCCUGGACGACCAGACCGUGUGUGGCCGCGGCGAACGUCUGGCCCUGGCCCUGGCCCGGGAGCAGAUCAACGGGAUCAUCGAGGUCCCAGCCAAGGCCCGCGUGGAAGUGGACAUCUUUGAGCUGCAGCGGGACAGCCAGUACGAGACCACGGACACCAUGUGUCAGAUCCUGCCCAAGGGGGUUGUGUCUGUCCUGGGACCCUCCUCCAGCCCUGCGUCUGCCUCCACCGUGAGCCAUAUCUGUGGAGAGAAGGAGAUCCCCCACAUCAAGGUGGGUCCCGAGGAGACACCCCGCCUUCAGUACCUCCGCUUCGCGUCCGUCAGCUUGUACCCCAGUAACGAGGACGUCAGUCUGGCCGUCUCCCGGAUCCUCAAGUCCUUCAACUACCCCUCGGCCAGCCUCAUCUGCGCCAAGGCCGAGUGCCUGCUGCGAUUGGAGGAGCUGGUGCGCGGCUUCCUCAUCUCCAAAGAGACGCUCUCUGUGAGGAUGCUGGAUGACAGCCGGGACCCCACGCCGCUGCUCAAGGAGAUCCGUGACGACAAAGUGUCCACCAUCAUCAUCGACGCCAACGCAUCCAUCUCCCACCUCAUUCUCCGUAAGGCCUCAGAGCUGGGAAUGACUUCAGCGUUUUAUAAGUACAUCCUCACCACCAUGGACUUCCCCAUCCUGCACUUGGACGGGGUUGUGGAGGACUCCUCCAACAUCCUGGGCUUCUCCAUGUUCAACACCUCGCACCCCUUCUAUCCCGAGUUCGUGCGCAGCCUCAACAUGUCCUGGAGGGAGAACUGUGAAGCCAGCACCUACCCCGGCCCUGCGCUGUCGGCUGCCCUGAUGUUUGACGCCGUGCACGUGGUGGUGAGCGCCGUCCGGGAGCUGAACCGCAGCCAGGAGAUCGGCGUGAAGCCGCUGGCCUGUACGUCGGCCAACAUUUGGCCCCACGGGACCAGCCUCAUGAACUACCUGCGCAUGGUAGAGUAUGACGGGCUGACCGGACGGGUGGAGUUCAACAGCAAAGGGCAGAGGACCAACUACACGCUGCGCAUCCUGGAGAAGUCUCGGCAGGGCCACCGGGAGAUCGGGGUGUGGUACUCCAACCGGACGCUGGCCAUGAACGCCACCACCCUGGACAUCAACCUGUCGCAGACGCUGGCCAACAAGACGCUGGUGGUUACGACCAUCCUGGAAAACCCGUAUGUCAUGCGCCGGCCCAACUUCCAGGCUCUGUCCGGGAACGAGCGCUUCGAGGGCUUCUGCGUGGACAUGCUGCGGGAGCUGGCCGAGCUGCUGCGCUUCCGGUACCGCCUGCGCUUGGUGGAGGACGGGCUGUACGGGGCGCCCGAACCCAACGGCUCCUGGACGGGCAUGGUGGGCGAGCUCAUCAACCGGAAGGCAGACCUGGCUGUGGCCGCGUUCACCAUCACAGCCGAGCGGGAGAAGGUCAUCGACUUCUCCAAACCCUUCAUGACCCUGGGGAUCAGCAUCCUCUACCGGGUGCAUAUGGGCCGCAAGCCCGGCUACUUUUCCUUCCUGGACCCUUUCUCUCCGGCUGUGUGGCUCUUCAUGCUUCUUGCCUAUCUGGCCGUCAGUUGCGUGCUGUUCCUGGCCGCCAGGUUGAGCCCCUACGAGUGGUACAACCCGCACCCGUGCCUGCGGGCGCGCCCCCACAUCCUGGAGAACCAGUACACGCUGGGCAACAGCCUCUGGUUCCCCGUGGGGGGCUUCAUGCAGCAGGGCUCGGAGAUCAUGCCCCGGGCGCUGUCCACGCGCUGCGUCAGCGGAGUCUGGUGGGCCUUCACCUUGAUCAUCAUCUCCUCCUACACGGCCAACCUGGCCGCCUUCCUCACCGUGCAGCGCAUGGAGGUGCCUGUGGAGUCGGCCGAUGACCUGGCAGACCAGACCAACAUCGAGUACGGCACCAUCCACGCCGGCUCCACCAUGACCUUCUUUCAGAAUUCACGGUACCAGACGUACCAGCGGAUGUGGAACUACAUGCAGUCGAAGCAACCCAGCGUGUUUGUCAAGAGCACAGAGGAGGGCAUCGCCCGCGUCCUCAACUCCCGCUACGCCUUCCUGCUCGAGUCCACCAUGAACGAGUACCACCGGCGCCUCAACUGCAACCUCACCCAGAUCGGGGGCCUCCUCGACACCAAGGGCUACGGCAUCGGCAUGCCGCUGGGCUCCCCGUUCCGGGAUGAGAUCACGCUGGCCAUCCUUCAGCUUCAGGAGAACAACCGGCUGGAGAUCCUGAAGCGCAAGUGGUGGGAGGGGGGCCGAUGCCCCAAGGAGGAGGACCACCGAGCCAAAGGCUUGGGCAUGGAGAACAUCGGGGGCAUUUUUGUCGUGCUCAUCUGUGGCCUCAUCAUCGCUGUCUUCGUGGCGGUCAUGGAGUUCAUAUGGUCCACGCGGAGGUCGGCAGAGUCAGAAGAGGUGUCGGUGUGCCAGGAGAUGCUGCAGGAGCUGCGGCACGCGGUGUCCUGCCGCAAGACGUCGCGUUCCCGCCGGCGCCGGCGGCCCGGCGGCCCCAGCCGGGCCCUGCUGUCGCUGCGCGCCGUCCGCGAGAUGCGCCUUAGCAACGGCAAGCUCUACUCCGCUGGCGCGGAUACGGGCAGCGCGCACGGGGGUCCCCAGCGCCUCCUGGACGAUCCGGGGCCGCCAGGCGGGGCCCGGCCCGCCGCCCCCACGCCCUGCACCCACGUGCGCGUCUGCCAGGAGUGCCGGCGCAUCCAGGCGCUGCGGGCGUCCGGGGCCGGCGCGCCCCCGCGUGGCCUGGGCGCCCCCGCCGAAGCCACCAGCCCGCCCCGGCCCCGGCCCGGGCCCGCCGGCCCCCGCGAGCUGGCCGAGCACGAGUGA